AAACCCUCGGCUCUCAUCUAUCUGCGCUACAAAGUUUGUUUUCACCCCCGGGCUCUACAAAUUAAGGGCUCGUCAAUCCACCACCCUCUCCCACUCCCGACAAUCUCAAGCUUUCUCCCAACCGACAGCGUUGCCUUCCUUGAACCUUCCGCAUCACCAACCGCCCUCAUCUCUAAACUCGCAAAUUAACAUCUCUCAGUGCAAUGGCCCAGAAUACUAACGUCCAAAAUGUUAUACGAAGGAAGCUCGUUAUCAUUGGUGACGGUGCAUGUGGCAAGACCAGUCUGUUAAGCGUGUUUACUCUGGGCUACUUUCCGACAGUACCCACUGUCUUCGAAAACUACGUGACCGAUUGCAGGGUCGACGGAAAAUCAGUUCAGCUCGCUUUAUGGGAUACCGCUGGCCAGGAGGACUACGAGAGACUGCGACCCUUAGCUUAUGCUAAAGCCCAUGUCAUUCUGAUAGCCUAUGCUGUCGACACCCCUGACUCGCUGGAGAACGUUGCCAACAAAUGGAUUGAGGAGGCACGUGAUCGUUGCCCUGGAGUUCCCAUAAUAUUGGUCGGUCUGAAGAAGGAUCUACGCGAAGACCCCGUCGCCCGCGAAGAAAUGCGCAAGAAAUCCUUGCACUUUGUACAAACCGGAUAUGCAGAAACAAUUGCAAAGCAGGUUGGCGCCAGGAAAUACCUAGAAUGCAGCAGCUUAACAGGCGAAGGAGUGGAUGAUGUGUUUGAGGCAGCAACUAGGGCGGCACUGUUGACGUUUGAGAAGGAACGAGGAGGUGGAUGCUGCUCCAUCUCAUAAGUUCAACUUCAUAACCUAGAAGAGCAGGUGGUAACUCAGUUCAUACGAGGAACGAGGAUUAAUACAGACUUUUUUUUUCUUUUUUAUCAGACGUCAGAACGAAGGAAGAAAUGGAUGAAGAAUCCACCCCUUCCAUCGGAUAUCUGCGAUCCCUUUGUCCCACAGCCGCAGCCCGAGCUACAUUCUUCAGGCCAUCUCUGUUUGGCAAAUUUAAUGCGGAAUUGUCCGUGAAUUAUUUUCUCUUAUGGACCCAUUUUCCACGUCCCUCUCAUCCCUCUGGCUCGGGUCGCCUCUUGCUGUCUUUCUUCAGUCUUUUACGCUUUUACCUUCUUUUGUCGUACAGUUAUUGGCUCCCUCAUUACGAGAACGAAAUACGCACCAAUGCAAUUGCGGACAGUGUUCUUGGCUUUUUUAUCUUUUAGGUUUUCUGGCUUUCAUUAGUUUUUUCUCUUGAUGCAGGGAUGGCGGGUUAGAUCGGGACGUUCUUCUGGUGUGCUUCACAUUCGGUUUUUUCACAAAAGUAUCGGCGGGGGUUGGGGCUAGGAAGGCUAGGUUGAGUUGAAAAAUGGAUUACCAUUCACACAAGGGUAUAAGGUGUUGGGUCUCCACAGUUUGAGGGUGGAGCAGAAAUCCCAUUCCUACACCGAUAAUCCUUUAUGUCCUGCCUCUCUCUUUCAUCUUUAGGG